AACAAAACAGCAGGAGUAGACACGCCAAUAGAUCACUAUCACAACACAGUGUUGCAAAUAGUACAAUUAGCCUGAAGACUUGUUAUGAAGGGAAAAAAUGAUCCCUUUCCGAAAAAGUCAUCGGCGUUAGAGAAUUGUACUCUCGGGAAACUGUAGCCACGACAAUAAGCUUUGUCCAGCUGAAACGUCCCAGCAUGCUUCGGGGCUGAGAGGUUCUACAGAAAAGGGAGGCGUCUGCGUGCUCGGUGGGGGCGUGCCACCAUGGGGAACACCGCCACCAAGUUCCGCAAGGCCCUGAUCAACGGGGACGAGCUGCUGGCCUACCAGCUGUACGAGAGCAACCCGCAGUUCAAGGAGGCCCUGGACCCCAACACCUCCUACGGAGAGCAGUACCAGCACAACACACCCCUGCACUAUGCUGCACGGCACGCCAUGACGCGCCUGCUCAGGUCCUUCCUGUUCAGCAAAGACGGGAACCCCAACAAGCGCAAUGUGCACAACGAGACCGCGCUUCACCUGCUGUGCAUGGGGCCCAGCAUCCUGCUGGACGAGGCGGCCCUGCACCCCCGCCUCACCCGGCCGUACGAAGACGAGCGCUGCCGGGCCGAGUGCCUCCAGAUCAUCCUCAAGUGGACCGGCGCCAAGCUGGACCAGAGCCAGUACGAGAGCGCGGAUGUCAACGCCACGGACAACAAGAAGAACAGCCCGUUACACUACGCCGCGGCUUCAGGCAUGAAGACAUGUGUGGAGAUCCUGGUGAGGAGAGAGGCCAACCUGUUUGCGGAGAAUGAGAACAAGGAGACGCCGUGUGACUGUGCUGAGAAGCAGCACUACAAGGAGCUGGCCCUCAGCCUGGAGUCUCAGAUGGUGUUCUCUCGCGAUCCCCACGCCGAUGACAUUGAGGCCGAGUACGCUGCGCUGGACCGUAGGGAGCUCUAUGAGGGUCUGAGACCUCAGGACUUGAGGCGACUGAAGGACAUGCUGAUAGUGGAGACAGCAGACAUGCUCCAGGCUCCGCUCUUCACAGCCGAGGCCCUGCUACGAGCUCACGACUGGGACCGAGAGAAGCUUCUGGAAGCCUGGAUGUCCAACGCAGACGAGUGCUGUCAGCGCUCGGGCGUGCAGAAGCCCACCCCUCCCCCCAGCGGACACAACAACUGGGACACGCUGCCGUCGCCGCGAACCCCACGGACCACUCGCUCGACCGUCACCUCUCCUGACGAGAUCAGCCUGACGCCGGGAGACAAUGGCGUCGUACAGUGCGGCAUCUGUAUGUGUGGCAUCUCUGUGUUUGAGGAGCCAGUGGACAUUCCAUGCGCUCACGUGUUCUGCCGAGGAUGCUGGGAAGGUUUUUUGAACAUGAAGAUUCAGGAGGGGGAGGCACACAAUAUCUUCUGCCCAGCCUUUGAAUGCUUCCAGCUGGUUCCCGUGGAGGUCAUCGAGAGUGUGGUCUCCAGGGAGAUGGAUAAGCGCUACCUGCAGUUUGACAUCAAGGCGUUUGUGGAGAAUAACCCUGCCAUCCGCUGGUGUCCGUGGGCAGGCUGUGAUCGUGCAGUGCGCCUCUCCAUCCAGGGCCCUGGUGCCAGCAACUCAAACCCGUUCAGCUACCCCCUGUUGCAGGCGCCCGCUGUGGACUGUGGCCGUGGGCAUCUCUUCUGCUGGGAGUGUCAGGGGCAGGCCCAUGAGCCGUGCGAUUGCCAGACAUGGAAAAUGUGGCUGCAGAAGGUCACGGAAAUGAGGCCAGAAGAAUUGGCCGGUGUGAGCGAAGCAUACGAGGACGCUGCCAACUGUCUGUGGUUACUCAGCAACGCCAAGCCCUGUGCCAACUGCAAGUCGCCCAUUCAGAAGAACGAGGGCUGCAACCACAUGCAGUGUGCCAAGUGCAAGUAUGACUUCUGCUGGAUCUGCCUGGAGGAGUGGAAGAAGCACAGCUCCUCGACUGGAGGCUACUACCGCUGCACGCGCUACGAGGUCAUCCAGCAGGUCGAAGAGCAGUCCAAGGAGAUGACUGUGGAGGCAGAGAAGAAGCAUCACAGUUAUCAGGAACUGGAUCGUUUCAUGCACUACUACUCUCGCUUCAAGAACCAUGAGCACAGCUAUCAGCUAGAGCAGCGACUUUUGAAAACAGCCAAAGACAAAAUGGAGCAGCUUAGCAAAGUCCUUAGUGCACGUCAGGGAGAGGCCCCGGACACCACCUUCAUCGAAGAUGCCGUGCAGGAGCUCCUGAAGACUCGCCGCAUCCUCAAGUGCUCGUACCCUUACGGCUUCUUCCUGGAGCCCAAAAGCACCAAGAAGGAGAUAUUCGAGCUCAUGCAGACGGACCUGGAGAUGGUGACCGAGGACCUGGCCCAGAAGGUGAACCGGCCGUACCUGCGCACACCGCGCCUGCGCAUCAUCCGCGCCGCCUGCCUGGUGCAGCAGAAGCGGCAGGAGUUCCUGGCGUCCGUGGCCAGAGGCGUGGCCCCCAACGACUCGCCCGACGCGCCACGCCGGAGUUUUGCUGGAGGAUCUUGGGACUGGGAGUAUUUAGGCUUUGGUUCUCCAGAGGAGUAUGCAGAGUUUCAGUACAGACGCAGACACAGACAGCGGAGACGAGGAGAAGUGUCCAGCCUGCGCAGCAACACCCCAGAACCUGACGACUCCAGCGAGGGGAACCUAGAUCUGCACGAGCUGGCUGGUGGUCAAAGACCAGGUCUGCCUAUGCCACAAGGAUCUCUGGAAGACGACGACCCCAACAUCCUACUUGCCAUCCAGUUGUCACUUCAGGAGUCCAACCGAUCGUGUAUGGGUGAUGGUGUCGGUGUUGGUGGUGGUGGUGUUGGUGGUGGUGGAGGUGAUGUCCAAGAGGUCCUGUCCCAUGAGGUGUCUCUGGGGGCUAUUGGGAGCUCGCUCCCCUCCCGGUUGGACUCGCUGCGUCGCGGCCCCGUGUCCGAAGCGCCGCGCGCUGCCCACAGCAGCUCCGAGCUCCUGGAGCUCGAGAACAGCCUGAUGAAACUGACCUCCAUGACGCCCAUCCCGCACCCGCUGCGCCACGCCGGCCCCCGUCACAUUUACCCGCCCCCCCAUCCGACUCCCCUGGAGGAUCCCCUCAACUUCCACCCGAAGCCCAAAGCGGCCCGCAACCUCUCCCACCGUCCCCUCCGCAAUGCCUUGAGCGGCUCCGAGGCUCCCAGCUCCGUUGGGUUGGAUCCUGCCGACAACGCCAACCUCAUCGGCAACAUCAUGGCCUGGUUCCAUGACAUGAACCCCCAGAACAUCGGCCAGGUGCCUCCCUCCUCGUCCUCCGCCACGUCCACCGGUGCCACGCUGCCUCCCCCGGGUCUCCACACAUCCAUGCCCACCUUGACCCCAGACUCUCCUCUGACAGAACCGCAGUUCCAGAUCUGGCCAGAGGAGGGCAGCGGUGCUGAGUCCUGCCACUAUCCGCCCUUUUCUGGCGUGGAGGGCGGCGAAGUGUCUGCCACGAGGCCCACUCAGCUCCACCUGGUGGGCCUAGACCCCUUAGGUCUGCCCCCAUCCCCUCCGGUGCGGGCCGACAACGUGGACAGUGAAACCUCCGUGAGCCAGCCCAGUUACUCCCACUCGGACGCCCAGAAGUUCGACUCGGACCCCGACCAGCCAAGCAGUAGCUCGUCCGAGUGGGAAGGACAGGUGCACCUUGUUUGAUGUCGAAGGAACAACGUCCUAUGUGCUGAACCCUUUUGUCACGAAACAGGACUACUGUUUUGAGAGUCUGGAGUCAAAGAAUCAAUGUAGCCAAGACUGGAGAAAAAAAGCACUUGAAUUCCUGAAGCUGACAAAGCAAAGCUGAACCCACGUAAUCUUUUACGGUCUGCUCACAGCUCGCUUGCUCACACUAAGCACUUGAAACGCUUCUGAAGGUCAAGGUGCCAUUAUUACUUGGACCAGAGUGGACACCACAGACUGGGCUUCAAAGUGUUGAAAUGUCCAGGUCCAUGUCCAUGAGUGGGCGUGAAUGAAACAGUUUGAGUGUCACUCAAAUCUGUGCCUCAAAUACAAAUAUGGCCAUAGGUCUCUCUCGUGCCCUGUAGUUAGUAGUUCAAGCUGUACGUGCUGACGAUUGUUCAGAGUGAACGAAACUCCCAGACGAAGGGAGAAAAAAAACAAACAAACAUAAUGACUGAACAAUGCAUACAUCAUAUAAACAACAACGGUUUAUCUUUCACUGGUGCAUAUAAUAUGUGAUAAGUUCUGAUUGGAUGGGGGACAAAUGUACAGCAUCUGUUCUUUGCCCAGAUGGCUGGGACCAUGUCUGUGUUGCUGUCCACAGCUGUGAAGGCACUCAUGUAUUCUGUUCUGUUGCCUUUUUAUGGGGUUGUUGAAAGUGUUAUUGUAGGUGCCAAAACUCAGAGGCAGACGAGCCAGGUUAGACAGUACAGGUUCCAUAGAACCGCAGGACUUUUAGGAGGUGAAGGUGGUGGUGGUGCUUGUCCCCCCCCACCCACCCAAAUUCUUUGGUCCAGUGACGGGUGAGAAGUGGGCCCUGAAGGCUCCUGGAAAUGUACACAAAAUAUAUACUGAACCACUGAAGGAAGUGAGGAAGAAGAGGAGGAGAUUAUUGAUUAUUAGAAUUGCACAGUUAGAUUUGCACAUGUCUGUGGUUUGCCUCUGAGAUCUGUUGUCUGCUCUGACCUAAUCUACUUUAUGCCACUACUAGUAACGUGAGGACAAGUCCUCCUGCAGUGUGCCAAAAUGGCCUCUACCCACCCAGUGGUCUUCAGAAAGAAAACUUGGCCUCUCCUCAGUCUUUUUUCAGUGCCUUGUUUGUGUGUGUGCGUGUGUGUGAGCGUGUGUCACUGUUGAUUGCCACGUAUCCUGAGCGUGUCCUAUAACACUGGCCAGACUUGACCUUUUUUUAAAAAGCGCAGUUUUUUGACACGUAGCCUUUGCCUCCUGCAGGCCAUCGGUGCGGCUCAGGAGCGGUUUUUACCACACACACACCUCUCUCUCUGGACUCUCAUCUAUACAGGAUACAGCGCCGCUGGACUGUGUUGUCGUGCUUCACUGCUGGUGUGUGUGACGAGUUACUGUAUGUAUGUAUAUGUGUGAGUGUGUGUGUGUGUGUGUGUGUGUGUGUGUGUGUCUGUGUGUGUGUGUCUGUCUGUGUGUCUGCUUGCUCAUAGAGAAAGUGAUGACUCAAGGACAUAGGUGCGGUUUCAUAUGAUUUCAAGAAAUGGGUGUGUUUGUUUUAUGUGUGCGUAUGUGAUAAGUGUGACGACAAAAAAAAACAACAACUAAAUGCCAUAAUAUAUAGUGUGAAACCUUUUUCUAUUUAUUUUUAAAUUAAAUAUACGUAACCACUUUCUGUGAUUGGACACUAAAAGUGUUGAGAUGCUAACAUUGUGUUGAUGCUAACAUGGUGUUACCUGGUCACUGGGAUGUGGUGUGGUUGUUGGAAUAGCUCACUGAAAAGAAGUGUUGUGUUGUUGAUUGUAUUGGUAAUCAUGUAGUCUCUCUUUAAAGGGGCUUUCUUUCUAUUAAUGGUUACUACUGACUUAGGCUGGCAAUAACAAGAGCUGCAACAACUUCAUUGGCGAUAGUAGUGUAGUGGAUAAGGAGCCCGGUUAACAUGCAGAAGCCUGAAAAGUUGAGUUCGAUCGCCAGCUGCCACCGUUAUGCCUUUGAGCAAGGCACUUAACCCCAAGUUGCUCCUGGGAGUGUGGCCCUUAACUGACAUCUGUAAGUCGCUUUGGAUAAAAGCGUCCACCAAAUAAAUGGAAAUACAGAUGGAAGACGUGGAGUCAGGUCCGUUAGAACUCGUGUGUCAGUUGUGAAGAGAUUCUCCCCAUGCAUGUAGCAAAUGUUUGAUUAUGCGUUGCCAGGUUAAAGCAAGAAAAGACACUGACAUGAAUUGAAGACCGGCUGAAAUGGAGCUAAGUGUAGCGUAACGGUAGUGCUUCUAGUAAGUGCUUGUAGUAACACUUGUUUCAGUCCUGAGACUUUGGUUGCAUCUUAAGUUGAUGAAAAAGAACGUUCAACUGGUUGGAUUUCAGCUUGACACAAUCAGAAUAUAGAUGUUUAGAAAAGUUUUCUAAAGAAAAAAAACAUAUCCAAAUGAACGCUGACAGCAUUAUCCAUUGGGUUUGUGCAUAUUACUCAGUGAAAGUUGGGCAAAAGUGCAAAAAAAAAAAAAAAAAAAAAAAUCUGAGCUUUGAAUGGGCCAAUUGUAUUUCUUUUUUAAAUUAUUAUUUGAUAAAAUGAUUAUCAAAAUAUGUUGCAAAUGGCACUCUUAUUUUGUUACCAAAUGGAACUUUAUAUUGUUAAAUAACAAAAAAAAAGGUUAUUUGCACUUCUCAUAAUCCAUACUUGAUACAUUCCCUCUUUCUAUGGAAACUCAGUUUAUUAUGUUUGCCCAUUAAAUUUGACAAUUCUACUCA